AUGAAAAACAUAUUGCUAAUUUCAAUACUAUUUUGCUUGGGCUUAGGAUGUGAUUUGAAAAUCCAAAAGUUCGAAUCACCUAAGGAAGUCAUUCUCAUUCAGUCGGAAUGUUACGUGAAGGAGAUAAUGGAAGUGGGCACAGACAGGAUGAUAGAUAUCACACAUAUUUCUGAAUCUCAAGUUACGAUAGAGACUUUCCAAAUAAAUGAGGAGAAUGAUUACAUCGUGAAAUUGAGAGAUGCAAAUCACAAAUCUCAAGAGAAGCGGAUGAAGAUUGUUCAGAACACGGAUUAGUUGAAGUAAAUAUAAGAGAGACUGAAUUAAAAUGAAAUUUAAAAUGAUUAUAAAAUAGCAGUGGAUAAUUUGACAUCUGAUGUAAUUUGGGGUAUCAUCAAGGGCAUAGUGUUAUUAGUAUUUUGA